CUUUCACAAUUCAGCAAUGGACGACUAACUUACACCUUUCGAAAGACGAAACAGUUUGCACUUAUUUCACUUAGAAUUAUCUGGAUGGCGCUCUACAAAACAAUUAAACACAGUAAACUAGCCAUUGAACAAAUAAAAAUGCUUUUUUACACAUUUUUUAGAUUAUUUAAUUCUUAUUACGAGGUUAACACAAACAGGAUUUUAUAAAUACGCCAUUUUCCCUAAAAUAUGUAACUCCCCUUAGCAAUGACAACCCCAAUAAAUACCCGCAAUGGCUGUACUGCGCAAGUCAAAAGUAUGUCAAUUCCGCUUUGACAAAUUAAUAUCAACGCGACAACAAUUCUUACGAAAAUUAUUAUUUUAAAUAUUAAUUUUAAACGUGUUAUAAUAAUAUUUAAUAUGUGUUGAAUAUUAUUUGUUUAAUUUAUAAGAUACUGCUUAAAAAGGGCUUGUUUUGAGAAUAAAAUGGCAACUGGCGGUUCUGGUGCAGUAUUCUUCUUAGGCACGCGAGCGCAUUACCAGGUCCUAAACCAACCAGAAAGUCGUUACGACGCAGAAAACGGCAACGCUUCAACAGAGACCAUCUACCAGAACCCGUCGGUGCAGGAACUGUGGCCGGCAGACAAGCAGCGCGAUGAUAACGAGCGCUGGUACUGCGAGCAGGACGUUACUGUGAGUGAAGAGAAAGAGAAGUCGGAGAGCAUGCUGCGCUCGCGCCGGCGACAGAGCACCGCCGCGCUCUGCGACGCGGAGGACAUGAAGCCUGCGUUACUCAACUCUGUGGGGAAUAGUGGCCCCACAAAAUGCGCCAAAGGCCGCGGCACUCUCCUCGCGCUGCUGUGGUCACUCGCGCGGCGCAAGAGACGCGCCGGCGACCACGACUCGAUCUAUCUGCGGCACAUCGACGUAGCGCUCACCAGCAGCUGCACGUACAGGGAGAGCUGCCGCUGCCUGGAGUGUCAGAGCCGCUACUUCGAGUGUGACGAAGACAGCGAAGACUACAGCUCUGAUGAUGACAGCUACGUGGCGCAGUACGUGGCGGAGGCGAUAGAGCAUCACCACGAGCCCGCAGCUGAUGAUGACGAUGAUGAUGAUGAGGUGUUCGUAGACACAGUUCCCGGCGAUAACACAUCGACCGACCUCCUCCUAGAUAAGAAAAUGUCUGUCUCUUCCGACGAGGCGACAACGACGGAACCCGACGCCGAAGAUAAGCUGCAACUAGAAGUGGCCGCGGGCACGCCUGUAUUACUCAACUAUUUGUUAACACAUCCGAUCACUUGUAAUAUACAGUGAGGGAAACCAUGACUAGCGGAGAUGUCAUAACGCAAAGUCUCCUAAGAAAUAGUGUGACAACUUACAGGUGUUUAGGAACGAGGAAUGUUACUAGCUUCGCCCUUAGACGCCUUUUUGUCAAAAUAAAAUCACCAAUAUUUGACAGAUUGGUUUUGAUUUGACAAGGAACCGGAACGCCUCGUUAGUUCUAGUAACUGAUCACGCCUACUAUUCGUUGCUUGACCUAUAAGAAGGCCUGACCUAUAAUCAUCGGCAAGGAUAUUGAGCCCUGACCUUCACCUGCGCAGAAGUGAUUUAUUGGUUUAUUGCCAUAAGUGUACGGUGCUCAAAGCGAUCCCCACUCAUCCGCCGAGAGCUCAAUGUCCGUGCCGAUAACUAUACCUUCCUUAUGGCAUCUCCGCUCAAUUUUUCUUUGUGUCUGUGGUACAGAGUUCCAAGUAUAUAUUUGACAGGCGACACGAAGAUGUGAGAUAAUUUUUUUUUUUAAGACGUGGAACAUAAAGAAGUAUUAUUGUAAAAUCAUGUGUAAUGAUCAUGUGUAAUGGAUGAUAAUUCUGGCCAUUUUGCGGGAUUUUAUUGCAGUUUUUGCUAAAUUAUUAUUUUAUUGAAAUGUUAUAUAGUGAGUGUUGUGUGUCUGUGGUACAGAGUUCCAACGAAUAUAUUGACAGGUGUAUAUGGGAAUGGCGGGAAAAACUGAAAAAUUUCAGGUAAAUUAUUUACUCAUAGUCUAGUGAGUAAAUUAAUGUACCUACCUAUGUAUCUGCAGAAAUCAGAAUAGUGUAUAUUCUAAACAGAAUUUUGUGGGCUGAGGUCUGAUAAGUCUCAAGUUCGUCUGACAAUUCUGACAUAAAGCAGAAAUUGUCAGAACAAAAUAACGCUAAAGUUACCAUUAUUUUAAAAGGAUGUUUGCCAUUUGACGCCUGAAAAACGUUAAAUAUUUGCCUAAUGCUGCUGCAAUUUAUU